AUGGAGAAAUCACCAUCUAAGAUGAGAAGGAAAAGGAAAAGAACUGAUGAUGAGAAGAAGGGUUUGAGUUUGAGGUUCACAGAGCCAGAAUUGGACGCAGCUUUACAGCUAAUUCAACUCAGCGGCGAUUCGGAAGACAAGGAUAACGAUAAUAGCACCAUCGACGUUGUACAAUUGAAACAUGAAAAUCAAAGCAACGACGAUACAGAUGAUGUAUCUUCCGCUAUGAUUGAGAUUGAGAGUCCCACCAAGAAUUUCGAAAAGGAAACGUGCUCGGGAAGAAAGAGAAAGUCGAAGUCGAAGUUUCGGUCCAUCGUUGAUCUCUACAGAAUGACGAAGCCUUUGAUGAUCGGCAAGCAUGGCAUGAAGACCAGGAGAUGA